AUGGGUUGUGCAUGUUAAAGUUUAUAGAUUGCAUCUAAACAAAUUUAAAAUAAUUGUAGUUUAGACAGUGAAUGCAAUUCAAUAAAAAGAGCAAUUUUUGAGCAUCCAAGAUAAGUUUUGGAUUCAGUAAGUUCAAUUUCCUCAUAUUCUGAUUAAUAUUCUUCGCGUCCUUUGCAAACUGUAGGUUAAAUUAAAACAUAAGAUUGGAUUUGCUUAAAUAAGAGUGAUAAAAAUAAAAUUGCAAGAAGAGUUAUUAGUAGUUUAAAUGAAAAUAGUUUAAGUCCACUCAAAAAGGAAAAUGAAAACACUUUUUCUGAUUUAUCUGUAGAAUUGAUUGCAGAUGAAUAAGUAAGAUUAAUAAUACCAACUAAAAUAAAAAGGUAUUUAAAUAGAAGAAGAAUAACUUCAAAGGAGGAUUUAUUGAAUAAGGUUAAGAAGAUGAAAUUCUCAGAAAAAUUCAAAAGAAGAAAGACUUGA